CUAUGGAGCAGAGAGGAGAAUCAGCUUCCCAGGGUCUUCCACACAGCUGCUGAGUGCCCUGUGGGUGAAAGAAAAGCUCAUGAACUUUUGCCAUGCAGUAGAAGAGAGGGAGGCAAGGCCAAGGGCAGCAUGAGCAGAGCACCAUGUCCCUAUCAGGACAGCUGCUGACACUUCUGUGAGAGAGAGCUGUCCCCUCCAGAGCCACACUGAGAAGCUGCAGCAGGUUGAGAGGAAGGUGAAGAAAACCAGCAAAUAACCAGAAAAGGCUUGAGGGAAAAGGUCUUGAGUGUUCAGUGGAUAGGUUUUUCCAUGAUUAAGCAGAAGUAUUAAAACCUUUUCACUGUGGAAAGGUAAGAGUACCUGGUGAGCAGGGAGAUAGGCAGAGGGAAUGAGAUGGAGGAGGAAUCAGGACAGCAAUGGUUCUGCUCUGGCAGCCAGCAGAGCAGAGGCUGCUUCAAGAAGGGGAGGACAAUGCUGGAGAAGACUAAGAAGGUGUUCAGGAUUAAUAACCUUACCAUAAGGCAGAUGCUGGCAGAAGCACUGGGAAUGUUCAUCCUCAUGGUUUUUGGCUUGGCCUCUGUGGCACAAGUGGUAUUGGGAAAAGGAAACGCUGGCCAGUACCUGAGCAUCAACAUAGCAUUUGGCAUUGGCGUUACCUUGGGUAUCUAUGCGGCUGGAGCAAUAUCUGGAGCUCAUCUGAAUGCUGCCAUCACUGUUACACAGUGUGUUUUAGGAAACAUCUCCACAAAAACGCUUGUAGCUUAUAUAAUUGGCCAGUUCCUGGGCUCCUUUUCAGCAGCAGCCACCAUCUUUGCUCUCUAUUACGAUGCUAUUUAUGAUUACACCAAUGGGAGCUUAACAGUGACAGGACCAACUGCCACAGCGAUGAUCUUCGCUACGUACCCUGCUUCCAAUAUGUCCUUGCAGGGAGCUUUCUUCACAGAGUUUACAGCAACAGCGAUGCUGAUCCUGGGUAUCCUAGUCAUCCACGACGAGAAAAACAAUGGAGCUGUCAAAGGCGCUCAGCCCAUGCUCACGGGUAUACUGGUCAUGGGCAUUGGUCUGGGAAUGGGGCUGAACACAGGCUAUGCCAUAAACCCCUCCAGGGACCUGCCCCCACGGAUCUUCACGGCAAUUGCUGGCUGGGGAAUGGACGUCUUCUCGGCUGAUCAUUGCUGGUGGUGGAUCCCAGUUGCAGCUCCAGUUCUUGGAAGUCUUUUUGGUGUUCUACUCUACAAACUCUUAAUUGAAUUUCACAUCCAGUCUCGCCAGGAAACUGAACCUGAGAAAGAACAGGCAGACAUGGAGACUUCCAAACUGUGAUGGCCAUGUGCUGUGAUGACAUGUGAAGGGCACAUCUGUUUGUCCACAAAGCUGGUGGGAUGAGGGACUAGAAUUCAGUAAACAUGCUCUACAUAAACAGACAAACUUGGUCUCUGA